GUUCCUCCUCCUUCCUCUCACAGAGCAUCUUGGUUCAAAGACGUGUGACUUCUGCAUUGAACUCGUCAGACAGCAGACUGCACUGAAGAAGAAACACUCUCAAUGUGGUGAGUGUCAUGGCAGACCAGUCUGUUAGGAUGGUGACAGCCAUCGUGUUGCAGAGUGUCUUCUUCCUCUCAGGUGAUUCUGCGUCUUGUUAUGACUCUAGAGCUCUAUUCAUGACUGCACCAAAAGAGAUGGAAGCACUGACUGGAUCUUGUUUGCAAAUUCCAUGUAACUUCAGCGUUAAAUCAGGAUCAGAAUUCAACAGCGCAACAACAACCUUUGGAUUGUGGAUUAAAAAUGGUCCUUUCUUAGGCAAAUCUCCCAGUCAGGUGAUUUUCAACAGUAGUGGGACAGUUUCCACAUAUCCGAUGAAUUUUACAGGAGACCUGAGUCAGAAAAACUGCACCACUUUGUUUUCUAGUUUAAAGACAACAUACACAGGCAAAUACUACUUAAGGGUUGAGAACCGACCAUUUCGAGCAACAGCUGAAUGUGAUUCUCUUCAAAUAACAGUUAAAGAUUCUCCUCCAAAGCCCAGCAUUGAGAUCCCAGGUGAUCUGAAGGAGAAGGAGUCUGUCUCUAUAAGCUGCUCAGCUUCCACUCCCUGUCCACACUCUCCUCCUCAACUCACCUGGAACCUCCAACCAGACUCUCACAACAUGAUGGAGGAAAACACAGAUGGAACCUUCACAAGUAAAAUCCAGAAGAGCAUCACUCUGUCACAUGAACAUGAUGGAUUCAUCAUCACCUGUUCUGCCAGAUAUCCUGUGAAUGAAGGAAAAGGUGUGAAGACGUCAGAGGAGACAAAGACUCUCAGUGUUUCAUAUGCUCCCAAGAAAACCUCAGUGUGCAUCAGUCCAUCAGGUCUGGUGUCAGCAGGUAGCUGGGUGAUCCUGACCUGCUCCAGCAGAGCCAAGCCUCCUGUGAGCUUCACCUGGUUCAAGACCAGCAGAGAUGGACCAAUCAAUGUAUCUGAAGGAGACUUUUACAGAUUUAAUGUCACUGAUGGAGGAGUUUAUUACUGUGUGGCCACCAAUCAGCUUGGUGAUCAAACAUCAUCAGAGAUCCAUCAGACUAUAGGAGAUUCUCCUCCAAAGCCCAGCAUUGAGAUCCCAGGUGAUCUGAAGGAGAAGGAGUCUGUCUCUAUAAGCUGCUCAGCUUCCACUCCCUGUCCACACUCUCCUCCUCAACUCACCUGGAACCUCCAACCAGACUCUCACAACAUGACGGAGGAAAACACAGAUGGAACCUUCACAACUAAAAUCCAGAAGAACAUCACUCUGUCACAUGAACAUGAUGGAUUCAUCAUCACCUGUUCUGCCAGAUAUCCUGUGAAUGAAGGAAAAGGUGUGAAGACGUCAGAGGAGACAAAGACUCUCAGUGUUUCAUAUGCUCCCAAGAACACCUCAGCGUCCAUCAGUCCAUCAGGUCUGGUGUCAGCAGGUAGCUGGGUGAACCUGACCUGCUCCAGCAGAGCCAAGCCUCCUGUGAGCCGCUUCACCUGGUUCAAGACCUGCAGAGAUGGACCAAUCAAAGUAUCUGAAGGAGCCUUUUACAGAUUUAAUGUCACUGAUGGAGGAGUUUAUUACUGUGUGGCCACCAAUCAGCUUGGUAAUCAAACAUCCUCAGAGAUCCAUCUGAGUAUUACAGGUGGAGUUCUUUAUCUACUAUUGGGUUCAGUUCUUGGAGGAAUCAUUGGGAUCAUCGUGCUCAUCGGCCUGGUUGUCUUUGUUUGGCGUUUGAAGUCACCACAUCCAACUGCACAUCAGAGUCAGAAUCAGACUGUUGGAGAGACAGUGACAACAGAAGAAGGAGGCGUCCACUAUGGAGAGAUUAACUUCUCGAGGCUCGGACCUGGACCGUCCUCUGUCCCUGAGCAGGACAGUGGACAGCAGCAGGACACGCUGUAUGCGCAGGUCAAAGUGUCCCAGACAGCAGACAACGUCACACGGUGGGCUGACGUCCCAGAGGAUCUCUACGCUCAAGUGAAGACAACAUGAGCCUUUUCCUCUGGUUACAUUUGGGUUUCAUUCUUAAUUUUCUUUUUAAAAUAAUAACAAGCUUCAUCUGUUAAUUCAUGUGGAGAAAGAAUCCACCUUCACUUCUCCAUUAAUUACAGUAAAGGGGAUCUUCAAACCUCCAAACUCUUCAGCUCAGAUAGUUUUAAAAUCGUCUUCAUACUUUUGACACAUUGAUGAUUUGAUCAGUACAAAUAAAACACUGUGCUGUUCAUAUAUCAACAUGUGCUAUAAGAUUUUAUCUUUAUUUAUCCUUGUGGAAGUUUUUUCUUUGUAUUAUUAUAAACGCUUCUUUAAAUAUCCUUUAUUGAGAUAUUCCGUUGUUUUUUUUGUUUUGUUUUUUACAUAUUUAGCAUCAACCACAUUUUAUUGUACGAUUUCUUCUUAAAAGAACAAUCUACUGAAUUUUAAUAUUAAUUUCAACAUAAUAAAUAUAUGACCGUCUCGGUUGCAUUU